CGUGACCUAGCAGCAUGGAUACGCACGACACAUCCGAUAAGAGAGGCGUUUUAAAUGGACGCGGACGAGACUUGAGUGUGCAGUAGGCAAGACACAACAAUGGACAGAAGACAUCUCCACAACAAGUAAGACUGCAAGUAUAACUGAUUUAGCUAUUCAUCCAAAUGGGUCUCUCAUUGUCAGCAUGGUUGCAGGGCAGAAAAGCAGAUCGUCCUCCUUCGUCCUCGUGUGCUCUCCGUUCUCUGGCCGUGCCGACCUCGUCUCGCCUGGAGGUCAUUUUAAACUCCUCUCCCGUUGCUCCAGGAGACAGUCGCUCACGAUGGAGUUCCGUCCACUGUUCUCCUCACGUCCACCUUUCUGCCAGCAAAGAGGAAGCGAGGCGUUCCCCGGUGGAGCGGAGCAGCGACGGCGUGAGGGCGGAAAAGGGUGUGACGGGCGGGCUUCACGUGUGGGAGGUGGUGUGGAACCCCAACCAAAGAGGAAGUCAUGCUGUCUUGGGAAUCUCCAGGCACAGUUGCCCUCUGCAGGCCUCAGGUUACAAUGUGCUGAUCGGGGGAGACUGCCAGUCGUGGGGCUGGGAACUCCAAACCAAUCAGAUCUGGCAUAAUGGACAAAAUCGAGGAGCUUACCCGGAAAAGAGGAGGAGGUGUUGUGAUGGAGCUGCAGCAUCUUCCCAACAUAUCCUGCCAGGUACACAGCUGGCAGAAACACCUAUUGCCAUUCCUGAGCGCAUCCUCAUGGUCUUGGAUGCAGACGCAGCGACCGUUGGAUUUGUCGUUGACAGCUACUUCCUUGGUGUUGCGUUCGGAGACCUGCCUCGGGGUGUGGAGCUGUUCCCAGCAGUGAGCAGUGUGAGAGGAGGAGCCUGUAUACGACUUCGAUACCUGAACGGCGCCACCCGUGAUCCUCCAGCCCUGCUGGCGUUGUGUGGACUCUGCGUUGGCCGUCAUUUAGGCCCACGGAGGCACAAUCACACAGACAAACUCCCUCUUCCACCUGCUCUCCAGCGCUACCUUCUUUCUAGUCAAUAAUGAAUACAUGAGAAAUGGAUUCUAACAGAUGACUUUUUUUAUGAACAUAUGACAAUAGGGGGACAUAAUUGUAUUUAUUACAAAUCAUAUUUAUGUAACAAAGUAUGCAAUUAUGUGGACUUUUUUUUCUAUGGUGAAAUUAUUUCUGUGUAAAAAAUAAAUGACCCACAGUAUCAUGUUUGUACCUUUUGUAAUAUGUCCCAUCGCACUUUCAUGUACAAAAAGGAGAUGACUGAAACCUGCAAAAAAAAUAGCUCACAAACCGACACCUCGUGAGCUGUUGAAAUAAUACAGAUAUCUUUUCAUCUGAUGCAAUGCUGACGUCGCCAAGAAAGCUCGCAACCCCAGGAGGCAGGGGAAAAUCCAAGUUGCUGGGCGCGCCGACUGUAAAAUCUGCAUCAAGUUAAAUGCAGGACUUGCAGGAAGCCAAAGUACUUGUGAAAGACGUCAAGGCAAGGAACUGGACAAAUAUUGAAAAUGACAUCUCGACCACAAGGAAAAGAAGUCAUCAAUAAUUGUCUAUAACAACUCUACAAUAACAUAGAUUAUGUCACAUUCAACAUCAAGAAACUCAUUUCAUUUAUUUGAAUUUGAACAGUAUAGGCUUAUCCUCAAUGUUUUUAUUUACUUGUCUUUAUUUAUCGUCUCCACUUAGCCUAACAUAUUUAUGCUUUAUUUAUUAUUAACAAACUAUUCCUAUUUUACUACUCUAAUUAAAUAUUUAGUAAUAGUAGGCAUCCUUCUGUCUCGAGAGACAAUGGUAGCGCCCUGGGGCAGGGGGCAAGCCUGGGCAGAGUGUAUGGAGACCAUGUGCUGCCCAUUCAACAUGGCCCCCCUCUCGGCCCCGCCGGCUUGGUCCAAUGGUACGUGGAGUAUUACAAUUGUGAGCUGGUUUUGGCUCCAGGAGCAAGGUGGGUGAAGUGUCUUGCCGCAGGCACACAACGACAGUGACUGGGUGGAGGGUGCGAGGAUCGGUUUCUGGACGACCUGCUCUACCUCCUAAGCCACGGCUGCCCCAUAAUUCAAUGCUUACUUUUCUUUUCUUUUUUCUUUUAAUGUAGGUACUGUCUUUUGUAUAAAUGCAGAUAAUG